CAUCGUGGAUUACCGGCUGAUGCUCGCAGCUCAUUUCAUUUGUUUAUUAACAAAAUAAGCAAAUGUAUUGGACUUUUCCUGCAAUUUCUCUCAAAAUACCUUCAAAAUGACAUCUAUUAUUAAGCUGCACACCAUCUCGGGUGCAAUGGACGAGUCGCCGCCCUGCUACAUUCUACAAAUCGACGACGUGCGAAUAUUGUUGGAUUGCGGCUGGGACGAGAAAUUCGAUCCGAACUUUAUCAAAGAAUUGAAAAGACAAGUGCACACUCUUGAUGCCGUUCUACUCUCCCAUCCGGAUGCCUAUCAUCUGGGCGCUUUGCCGUAUCUCGUGGGUAAGCUGGGACUCAAUUGUCCCAUCUAUGCCACGAUACCGGUGUUCAAGAUGGGACAAAUGUUCAUGUACGAUCUAUACAUGUCACACUUUAACAUGUACGAGUUUGACUUGUUUUCGCUGGAUGAUGUGGACACCGCGUUCGAGAAGAUUACACAGCUCAAGUACAAUCAAACGGUUUCACUCAAGGGCAAAGGAUACGGCAUCUCUAUAACUCCACUAAAUGCUGGUCACAUGAUUGGCGGCACUAUCUGGAAGAUAGUUAAGGUCGGCGAGGAGGAUAUUGUCUAUGCCAUUGACUUCAAUCACAAGAAGGAGCGACAUCUCAGCUGCUGUGAACUGGAUCGACUACAGCGUCCAUCGCUUCUCAUCACCGAUGCCUACAACGCACAAUAUCAGCAGGCGCGUCGUCGAGCACGCGACGAGAAACUAAUGACCAACAUUCUGCAGACGGUGCGCAACAAUGGCAACGUACUUAUUGCGGUGGAUACGGCGGGUCGUGUCCUGGAGCUGGCACAUAUGCUGGACCAGCUGUGGAAGAACAAGGAGUCAGGACUGAUGGCUUACUCCUUAGCGCUGCUGAACAAUGUCAGCUACAAUGUGAUUGAGUUUGCCAAGUCGCAGAUUGAGUGGAUGAGCGACAAACUGACCAAAGCCUUUGAAGGCGCACGCAACAAUCCCUUCCAGUUUAAGCACAUUAGUCUCUGUCACACUCUUGCGGACAUCUACAAACUGCCAGCGGGACCAAAGGUGGUCUUAGCCAGCACGCCUGACCUGGAGAGCGGCUUCACCAGGGACCUCUUCAUUCAGUGGGCUGGCAAUCCCAACAAUAGCAUUAUAUUCACCACAAGAACUGGGCCGGGUUCGCUGGCCAUGGAGUUGGUAGAGAACUACACGCCUGGCAGACAAUUGGAAUUGGAUGUACGGCGACGCGUUGAGCUGGAGGGCAAUGAGCUGGACGAAUAUCUGCGCACGCAGGGCGAGAAACUUAAUCCACUCAUAGUCAAGCCCGAGGUGGAGGAGGAAAGCAGUUCAGAAUCCGAGGAUGACAUUGAGAUGAGUGUCAUCACGGGCAAACAUGACAUUGUAGUGCGUGCCGAGGGUCGCCAUCAUUCUGGCUUCUUCAAGUCGAAUAAAAGGCAUCAUGUAAUGUUUCCCUAUCACGAGGAGAAGAUCAAAUACGAUGACUAUGGCGAGGUGAUCAAUCUGGAUGACUAUCGCAUUGUGGACGCUGGCUACGAUUAUGCGAAUGCCGACGAGCAGAACAAGGAGAAUGUCAAGAAGGAGGAACCACAUGUGGAGCAGCAAACGAAUGGCAACGUGGACAACGAUGUGCAGCUGCUGGAGAAGCCCACCAAGCUGAUAAGUCAACGCAAAACCAUCGAGGUCAAUGCACAAAUUCAACGCAUCGAUUUCGAGGGACGUUCCGAUGGCGAAUCGAUGCUCAAGAUUCUAUCACAGCUGCGCCCGCGUCGCGUUAUCGUGGUGCAUGGCACCGCCGAAGGCACUCAAGUGGUUGCCAAGCACUGUGAGCAGAAUGUGGGUGCUCGUGUCUUUGCGCCCCAAAAGGGCGAGAUCAUCGAUGUGACCACCGAAAUUCACAUUUACCAAGUGCGCCUGACCGAAGGCCUCGUCUCGCAGCUGCAGUUCCAGAAGGGCAAAGAUGCCGAGGUGGCCUGGAUCGAUGGUCGCCUUGGCAUGCGUCUCCAAGCCAUCGAUGCGCCCAAUCAAUCUGAGGUCACCGUUGAACAGGAUGUUGCUGUACAAGAGGGCAAAACUCUGACACUGGAGACACUCGAGGUGGACGAGAUUCCAGUGCACAACUCGGUACUGAUCAAUGAACUCAAGUUGUCCGACUUUAAGCAGGUUCUCAUGCGCAACAACAUCAACUCGGAGUUCUCCGGCGGCGUUCUCUGGUGCUGCAAUGGCACGUUGGCGCUGCGACGAGUUGAUGCCGGCAAGGUGGCCAUGGAGGGCUGCAUCUCCGAGGAUUACUACAAGAUUCGCGAACUACUUUACGAGCAAUAUGCAAUUGUUUAAGAAAUACACAAAUUACAAACCAAU